GAGCGUCUCCGCAAUUGGCACCUACUCGCGUCCCUUCUGUUUCAACUUUUUAUGGGGAAUUACACACCUCUGAUAGAAAAUGCCUGUUAUGAAGGGAUUGCUAGCCCCGCAGAACACAUUUCUGGACACCAUCGCUACACGGUUUGACGGCACACACAGUAACUUCAUCCUGGCGAAUGCGCGAGUGGCACAGGGCUUCCCCAUCGUGUACUGUUCGGACGGCUUCUGCGAUCUCACUGGCUUUGCGCGCACUGAGGUCAUGCAGAAGAGCUGCACCUGCCGGUUCCUCUACGGGCCUGAGACCGGCGAGUCGCUCAUCUUGUGCAUCAGCCACGCCCUGGAGGAGAAGAAGGAGUUCAAGGGCGAGAUCAUGUUCUACAAGAAGACUGGUGCGCUGUUCUGGUGCCUAUUGGACAUCGUCCCUAUCAAGAACGAGAAAGGAGAGGUGGUUCUCUUCCUUGCGUCCUUCAAGGACAUCACCGACACCAAGGUUAAGAUUGUUCCAGAAGACAAGAGGGAGGAGAAACACAGGGGGAGAGUGAAAACUGGGUCCCCGUUCGGCUCGGCCAGGAUCCGCAGCGGCACCGUGCUCUACCACAUCUCCGGGCACCUACAGAACCGCGAGAAGAAGGGCAAGAUCAAGCUGAAUAAAAACGUGUUUGGGGACGCGCCGGCGCUUCCGGAAUAUAAGGUAGCCGACGCUAAGAAGUCCAGGUUCAUCCUGCUGCACUACAGCACCUUCAAGGCGGGCUGGGACUGGCUCAUCUUACUCGCCACCUUUUAUGUGGCCGUCACAGUCCCGUACAACGUCUGCUUCAUCGGGGACGACGACCUGACGCGCAGCACGACGGUCAGCGACAUCGCGGUGGAGAUUCUCUUUAUAAUAGACAUAGUCUUCAGUUUCCGCACCACCUACGUGAGCAAGUCCGGCCAGGUGAUCUUCGAGGCGCGGCUGAUCUGCGUGCACUACGUCACCACGUGGUUCGUCAUCGACCUGGUGGCGGCUCUUCCGUUCGACCUGCUCUACGCCUUCAAAGUCAGCGUGGUGUCUGUGGUUCACCUGCUGAAGACGGUGAGGCUCCUCCGGCUUCUGCGUCUGCUCCAGAAGAUGGACCGCUACUCGCAACACAGCACGGUGGUGCUGACUCUCCUCAUGUCCAUGUUCGCUCUGCUGGCCCACUGGAUGGCCUGCAUCUGGUACGUCAUCGGCAAGAAGGAGAUGGAGGCUAACGGCUUCACGUGGGACAUCGGCUGGCUGCACGAGCUGGGGAAGCGUCUGGAGGCGCCGUUUGAGGGCGGGGCCAACGGCACGGCGGGGCCCUCCCUGCGCAGCGUCUACAUCGCCUCGCUCUACUUCACGCUCAGCAGCCUCACCAGCGUGGGCUUCGGCAACGUGUCGGCCAACACUGACGCUGAGAAGAUCUUUUCCAUCUGCACCAUGCUGAUCGGAGCGCUGAUGCAUGCACUGGUGUUUGGCAACGUGACGGCCAUCAUCCAGCGCAUGUACUCUCGCUGGUCUCUCUACCACACGCGCACCAAGGACCUGAAGGACUUCAUCAGGGUGCACCAUCUGCCCCAGCACCUCAAGCAGCGCAUGCUGGAGUACUUCCAGACCACCUGGUCCGUCAACCACGGCAUCGACUCCAACGAGCUACUGAAGGACUUCCCUGACGAGCUGCGCUCCGACAUCACCAUGCACCUGAACAAGGAGAUCCUCCAGUUGUCGCUGUUCGCCUCAGCCAGCAGGGGGUGCCUGCGCUCCCUCUCGCUCCACAUCAAGACGUCCUUCUGCGCGCCGGGCGAGUACCUCCUACGGCAGGGCGACGCCCUGCAGGCCAUCUUCUUCGUCUGCUCGGGCUCCAUGGAGGUGCUGAAAGGCGGCAUGGUGCUGGCCAUCCUGGGAAAAGGUGACCUGAUUGGAGCAAACAUGGCCGUCGAUGACCGGGUUAUCAAAACCAACGCGGACGUGAAGGCCCUGACCUACUGCGACCUGCAGUGCAUCAGCCUGAAGGGCCUCUAUGAGGUGCUGGACCUGUACCCUGAGUACUCACACCGCUUCGUGCAGGACAUCCAACGGGACCUUACCUACAAUCUGCGGGAGGGGCACGAGAGCCACGUGAUGUCGAGAUGGUCAAGCAAAGCCUCACUGCCCCAGAUGGAUGGCAAAGGCAAUGGGAGAAUUAUCAAGCGCUACGCGUCCAUUAAGGAAGACCAGGAGGAGGAUGAGGAGGAAGACGAGUGCACUCCGCUCUCUCCGGACACAGAGAGGGACAGGGACAGGUGUGUGGGGACGUCGUCCAAUAGGCAGGAGCCGACCUGGAACAGGAAUAACCGGAACCCAUUCAAGAAUCCCAAUGGUCCCCACUCCAAUGUCAAUGGUCUCGACCCCUCAGAUCUCAGCCCCAGGAUUGUGGACGGUACAGAAGAUAACAAUGGAGCUGAUGAUUCCUCGGCCUGUAGGGUCUCCCCAAGCCGACAGCACCCGACUACCAAUCCUUCACAAACCGCAGAUAUUUUUGGUGCGGUUAGCACGGUUAGCACGGAGGACCUGGCAGCGAAAGUCGAGGAAACGAAAGGAGAGUUACGUCAGCUGAGCCGGGAGGUCAGCGCCCUGGGUCAGGAGGUGGCGGAACUGGGACGUGGCCUCAGACUGCUGAUGGAAAGGGCGAUCUCCGCCCCCCAGGCCUUGCAGUUCUGGCCCGGUCAUUGUGUGGGCGGCCUCCCAGCCCGGAGCCAGCAUUCCCCGGCCUGCGUGCAGUGCACCCAGUCAGGCCAGGGGACGACACAGGGAACUUUCCGGCGUCUCCUGUGCCCCUCGUCGGCCUCACGCUCGCCCCCCCGCUCUCAGCCAGGUGAUCCUUUCCGUUCCCCUUACGACCUUCCCCCUGCGUGCCCUUUGCCAGAGCCUUCGGCCCGGACCCUGCUUGGCGUUCCCGUUUCCUGGAACCCAGAGGGACCUCCAUCGGAUCGCUGUCAGAGUCCACGGAGUUUGCCUCCCGGAGCGCCGGCGUCCACAAGCGAGGACCCAGCUUCAGACUCCUAGUAGAGGUCCUCCCAUGUGAUGGCCGCGCUGCCCGUUUGAGCCCUGUCACUGUCAUCACACAUCCCUGUGGGCCUGAACUGAACAGAUCCACGGUCCGCGGGAAAGAGGCAUGUCCGCGGGAAAGAGGCAUGUCCGCGGGAAAGAGGCAUGUCCACGGAAGCAUGUGACCGAGGAACGUCAACGUAGCUAUAAGUGGUAGAGACUCUCGAUCGCAGGCAGACGCAUGCAAGCUGCCUGGAGGUGAAACAGAGGGGGAUGUGUUGCCUGCUCUUCGGGUUGGCGAUGGGGAUUUGGAUGGGGUCCUGCCCUAGAUUGUCAUGCUGUUUUUUGAUGAUGGGACCGUCACCCUGCAUGCCAGCAUCUAGAACAUUCAGCUGAGUAGCGCCAGUAGAUACACAAAACCGAAGCAUGUCUCUCCUCCUGAAAGCAUCUUCCCUAAUAGCCAAGAAAAGCUGGGAAUGAAGUUACUAUUUUUAUAAGGACAACAUUUAUUUAAAUGUAGAUUCUGAAUUAUACAACGUAGCAAAAGGAUUUAUUCCACCUUCUGUAGAUUGACUUUACAUCAGCCCUGACCUCCCGGGAUUCCUCUGCCUUCCUUUAGUAUAGGAGGGGGGGGGGGGGUAACAUGUCCACGAUCAAAAUGGAGGGCAGCUAUGACUUUCCGUUUCCGCACUGGGGUAGCAUUUUUAUACUUCAUAUGCAAUGAAUUCAUCGAAGCAGAAGGUCUCUUAAUUUUCUCAUCUCCUAGAUGACGGACUUCAGAUGGCGAGAAUGUUUCGCACAGGAUGGGUUUCCUGGAAAGUAUGGGCUAAAUCGCAGCCCUGGUCUGUGUCCGCCAUUCUCACCCUAAAACUGUUCUUCUCUCUUAUUUUUAAGAUUCCACAACAAAAUGCCAUUAUUCUAAUAAAUAUGAAACUCCACAGCUCUUCCGGAUCGGCUCAUUUAUUUGGCUGUUGGUGUUUUAAACCCUGCCUUGUCAGAAAUAUCAGCUCUGGGAUUUAUCAUUUCUACGGAGAAAAGGUUUGAAAAUACUGAA